UUCCUUGAAAUCAUGAAUCUGCUGCUGUUGUUGUGUGUUUUAAUAUAUGUAUCAAAAUCUCACGACUUGGAGGACUCUGAAAAUUGUGAUUACGGAGCUAUCUUUCGGUUGACAGAGAAAGGCCUAACCUAUGCUGCAAACACGGGAUUUCCUUCCAUGUGGAAAGAAAAGAAAUGGAACCUUUCUUUAUCUAUAUAUGAUGUGAACGAAACAGUCAAUGGUGUGAAUUAUUUCAUUGAAAAAUUGCAUUUGAAGCAAAAUAUGGAGAAUGAUAACUUUAAGGUGUCAGUUGAUAUAGACUCUAACCCUGGGUGUUUGAAAGUCACAAUUAAUGACUCUUUAGCAGCACUACAGGGAAGUGUUUUAUGUAGCGACAUACAUACCAGACAUGAAGCCCAGCAUUGCAACAUAACUAUAUAUAUUCCAUGGUAUUUCAAAGUUCACAUUGGAAGAGAUACGGACGGUAGCUUUAAUGUACAAAUGUGUAAUGUUACUGGUGAGAGCUGUUCAAUUCUACUAGCAAAUAUAACAAUCAACUACACAGACUGUGUCAAUCCAACAGAACGGUUAUGUGAAAAAGGCACAGAAGAAUUCAAACACAACUUCAUUAAAAAUAAACUUAAUAAAACCUUGCAACUGCUGGAUGUUUGUAACAGGCUGGAUAAAGUUAUAGACGCAAUAAGCAAGAAAAUGAAAAAGACGGACCUUGCUCCAGUCAUCCAACCUGGGUUUUUUUUCAAGGUGAACUUGAGUAUGUCUGAGAAGCCUUCAUACAACAAAAGUUAUAUAGAUACCUAUCACAAAGGAGACGUAUUUUGGCAUUCUACUCUGGAGAAAUACCCCACUGAAUGCGUCAAUUUUGAUAGAGAUAAAAGCACUUCAAAAAUGUUGUACCUAUGGAUUUCCAAAUAUGGUAUUCGGAACUUCUUAAAAGGAUUUCAAAGACACGGAAUGCUUCACUAUAUGAUAACGGCAGAAAACUUAAACGCUGGACACGGAUUGAACACUACUUGUGAAGUUGGAGUUUGUGUUGGAAGGCUUGUCCCCUCGAUAGCAGAAAAAUAUCCAAAUUGUUUCGUGGACCUAGACUGGUAUAGUCUGAAAACACCAAACGUUACAUUCGAAAAGAAUUUAGCCGUUGUUAAGGGGGAAAUUGUUAUGUUCGUCAAUAUCAGAGACCCACGACCAAGUGGCCAUACCACUCGAAUUGCAAAACUUAAUGGGGAUGUGACAUUACGGCUCAAAUUAUACAUCACAAAUGGAACUAGAAUACAGGGGACAGUCGUCGCUUUUGAUCCAUAUAUGAAGAAUAUUGACGUUGAUCCCAAAAUUACAGGAUUCGAUGAGCAGACGGUAAACUUUAUUCUGCUAGGAGCAGUUGUAGUGACAGCGGAACCGAAACUAAAUGAAUUUGGAAACAAAGGCCUUUGUAUACCAAUCUCCCAUGCAAAACUAAAGAAUGCCACUAUUCAUUUGAUAGACAAUGCAAUCGUUAUUGGAAGUGAUGUAGAGUAUGGUAAUGAUACUUAUUGUACUCCCUCUUUCUUUUAAAUGUAUAAAAAUUAAGUGUACAUUACUAUCAUCAAAAAGUCUGAUAUAGAAUACUGUAUUUACAUACAUGUACAAUUAUGGGUGUAUAUAUUUUAUAAUAUCGUAA